UUUGAAUUUUUUUGUAUUACGAUUGACACACGGAGUUUUCUUAAUAGUAGUGUAGAUAAAUAUUAAUAACUUAGUUUUAGAUGAUUAAUUGUAAAUUAAAAAAUAGGAUAGGAUGGGUACGGCCUGGUUCUGUCUGUAGCUCCUUCCCUCCUUUGGAUCAAGGUUGGGGCCCGACCUUGGCUUUUUGUAGAUUGGGUUGCCCUUCCCUGACCCAAAAGGUGAUUGGGCUUUAGCAUGAACUGUCCCACCUGAUUUACAAGACAUCUAAGGCAUUGAAAUUUUUUGCUUGGUGCUGAAGGCCUACGUGGUAAACUUGAAUAAUUAGUACUACAAACUUCUGUAACUCCCUCCUUUCCUUUGUGAUGAAGGAUUACCUUCUACUAGAGCUAAAUACUUAUGAUCAUAAUAAGAAUUUAAGACAUAUAUUUUAAACUAGUAUUGGAUUUUUGUAGACACUUAGAUACAAUAGCUUAUUCCUUAGAUUAAAUAUUUGAGCUGGUCUCAAGCUUCUUCACAAGCUGUCAAGCUUUGUUCACAAGCCUUAACAAGUCUAGUUUUACCAUUGCACAGGCUUCGCUUGUUUAUUAAAUGAGCUUGAAAGUUUGACUUCUGUUUGUUCUUUUAUUAAAUAAGUAAGUAUAAGUGAGCUUUGUUGAGCCAAGCUUCGUGCUGCUUGCCAACAGCUUGACUCGAUUUUCAGCUCUAGUACUUGCAUCUGCACUGUUAAUACACACAUAAGCAGUGGUCAUUGCCCGUAGCAUCAGGAUUAGCACCCUUUUGUAAUGCUAUAUGACAUGCCUCAUUUUGCUUUCUUUCUGCACAUAAUAGUGUGAAAUCUUAAGGUAAACACUUCCUUUGUUAUGUUAUGUUAUUUUUUAUUUUUUUAUAUUUUUGCACUUUUUAACCUUGUAUAUAAUUUUGUUUCAGAGAAAAUUAAGCCUGCUGAUGUAGGUCUCGAACAGGAGGCACAGUUGGUGCGUAAUUGGUCAGGUUCUAUGCUUGAGCGUAAUGGGGAUCAGCAGUCACUGCCACCAAUCAAGUACUUGCAUUUACAUGAGUGCGAUAGCUUCUCUAUGGGAAUUUUUUGCAUGCCCCCUUCCUCUAUCAUACCCCUUCAUAAUCAUCCUGGAAUGACUGUGUUGAGCAAGCUUAUAUAUGGUACAUUAUAUGUUAAUUCAUAUGACUGGCUUGAUUUUCCUGGUACUGCUGAUCCAUCAGAAGCUAAACCUGCAAAGCUGGUCAAAGAUACUGAGAUGACAGCACCAUGCCCACCAACAGUUCUUUAUCCAACAACUGGAGGCAAUAUCCAUAGUUUUAGAGCUCUAACUCCUUGUGCCAUCUUUGACAUCCUUGCGCCUCCUUACUCCUCUGAAGAUGGACGGCACUGCACGUAUUUCCGGAAGUCCUCAAGAAAAGAUCUGCCUGGUUAUCUUGAGUUUGAAGGAGUUACAGAGCCACAAGUGACUUGGUUAGAAGAGUUUCAACCUCCCGACAACUUUGUGAUUCGCAGAGGGCUGUACAAGGGCCCUGUUAUUAGAACUUGAGAAUUCUUGUUUUUUGUUUAUACAUUUUUUAGUUAAAUUUGCGUUUUCCAUGAUUGGAAACAUUGAGGGGGAACUUUGGCAAUAAUUUAUUUUUGGCUUAUGUAAGUUGCGCAUUUGGCUUGUACAUAAUAAUACACCAAUGUAGUCUGAUUUACUGACCUCACAUUAAACUAGUAGGGCAGUCAUUGGAAGUUGGAAGAAAGAAAUCAUGGCCAAUCACAUUCGCGUUGGCAUUUUGUUUGUUUUA